CGUUUUUCAAAAUCUGUUAAAUGGAAUAAAUGUUAAUCUCUUGUUAUGUUCUCACAGAUAUGAAGCCUGAUUCCAAGAAGAAAAAGUAUCCCGUAAAACCACCCGCUAUGUCUCAAGAAGUCCAGAAAGAUGAGGCUGUUAUCGACAGGCAGUUGACAAGAAAUGAAGGGAUGCUCAUGGACCUGCGUGGCCGCCCAGAGCAAGCCAGUAGCCACCAGAUUGAUCCAGAAGCUGGCGUUAACGUGCAGAUGACCAAAAACGAAGAACUCCUUAUGGAAAUGGCGGCUCCACGACCCAGGGUGAACCGGAUAGGUGCACAACCCAGGGUGAACCAGAUAGCUAAUACAACUACUACUACAAAGAGACCGGGAAACCAUUGA